UUUCUGUCUGCACGAAUGGAGGCGGAGUUACUCACGUCAAAGCCUUUCCAACAGCGCCCUCACCACGUCGGGAGAGAUCCCGCCCGAACUUUGAACUUUAGUACCAUGCAAUGCGUAAUAACAGCGCGACGCCUCUCGCCAGGCAAUUCACAUUUUAUAGCGAGAGCGCUGUGCGGCAAGCUUUCCUUUAAAAUUGUCUCGAAGCGAAACAUGUCUGCGAAGCGACCGGUUACCUUGCUGGGCACCAUGGCCUUUGGAGGCCGGGCGGACGCCGAGCAGAGUCUGGAGAUGGCCAAGAUCUUUCUGGACCGCGGACACAAACAGCUCGACACUGCACAUAUGUACAUGGACGGAAAGUCAGAGGCCAUCAUGGGGGGCAUGAACCUCCCCAAAACAGUCAGCAUUGCCACCAAGGCAAACCCGUGGGACGGCAAAACGUUGAAACCGGAAAGCGUGCGCUCUCAACUGGAGACCUCUCUGGAGCGACUGCGGACCGACUGCGUGGACCUCUUCUACCUGCACGCCCCCGAUCACCUCAAUCCAAUCGCGGACACGCUCCGGGCUUGCGACGAGCUCCACAAAGAGGGGAAAUUCAAGGAGUUUGGACUGUCCAAUUACGCAUCCUGGGAAGUGGCUGAAAUCGUGUGCCUGUGCAGGCAGCAUAACUGGAUUGUUCCCACAGUGUAUCAGGGGAUGUACAACGCGACAACCAGACAAGUUGAGACGGAGUUGCUGCCAUGCUUGAGGUACUUUGGGAUGAAGUUCUACGCGUACAACCCUCUCGCAGGUGGCCUUUUAACUGGCAAAUAUCACUAUGAAGACAAAGAUACAUCUCAGCCUGCAGGAAGAUUCUUUGGUAACAAUUGGGCUGCAGCGUACAGAGACAGGUACUGGAAGCAGAGUCACUUCCAAGCCCUAGAAGUGGUCCAAAAGGCCUUGGAGGGGGCAUACGGCCCGACGCCGCCCACUCUGUUGUCUGCAGCCAUGCGCUGGAUGUACAAGCUCAGACAGAAUCUGGCUGCCGCGGAGGAAGGUCCUCUGGAUGAGAGGGUGGUGAAGGCUUUCGGGGACGCUUGGAACCUGGUGGCUCACGAGUGUCCCAACUAUUUCCGAUAGAUGACGCAGAAUGAAAAGUUGGGGAUGAUGGGCUCUCGGGUGAAAUUUGGAAUAUUGACCUCAAAUGCAUGACAAGCGUUACACUUUGACCUUCUGUAAGUGGAUGCGCAUGUCCAACCUGAAAGUUUUUUUUGGGGGGGGGGAUAAAUAUGGAAUGACCUUUGGAGGACUUCAUAAAGGUUCCAACUUCUCCACUGAUCAAACCUAAUUUGAAUUUGCGCACACAUUUUGCUCCCUUCCCUCUUUAACUCUAAUUAUGUUAAAAAAUAAAUUGUACAGCACACACAGUC